AUGGCCGGCAUAUCCAUCCGCGAGGGCAUCCGCUGGCUGCCAGCCGCCAUGAGCGAGCCGACGUCGAGCGUGGUCCUGACAUCGCCGGAGAGACGGUUUGUCGACAUUCGGGUGCUUUACCCCGAGGGCGCGACGCCCGCUGAAGACGUUGCGCCGCUGGAGCGGCUCGACUGGGCCAUCGCAGGCACGUCGUCGUCGACGCCACGCGGCGGGCCGGGCGAGACGCACGGCGUGUGGCGGCACUGGCUCGAUUCGCGCACGGUGGCCACCGAGGGGCUCGCCGACGAGGGUGACAUGGCGCCCAUGGACGAGGAGAGGACGCUUGAGACUGGCCAGAUGGUGAACCCAGAGACGGGCGUCGAGACGCCCUACGAGGAGGUGUGGCGGGACCCGACCAUCCAGGGCGUCGAUGGCCGGCGCGCCAAGUGCUACGUGCUCGUGUGGGACGAAAGGCCCCGCGGCGCGGGCAUGGUCAUCCGGCUCGGGACGUGGUGCCAGGGCAUUCUGCGGGAACGGGUGACGAGGUCAAAGGCCGAGCGUUGA